CACAGAAAUUCAUAAUAAUUACUGAUGCUGGCAGUAAACAUUGCACAUAGAAGUUCAGAAAGAGAAUUCUGCUUCGUAGAAGGUUGUUUCUAUCACUUACCAUACUCACUCUAGUUCACUCUGCUAUAGACGCAUAUGUAUACCAGAGUGGGCGAGCCUUAUGUUCUUUUGUCAUCAUAGUAUCCUAGCAACCUGUAGUUUAUUUAGUUAAAUUUUUUUCCUGUGUCACAUUGAUGCAUUGAUUUUUAAGUUCCUAAAAGUAAAAACACCCUAUCAGGAUUUCCAAUCUUAAAAAGAAUUUAGUAAUAUCUAUUGAUUGUACCUACCUAGAAUUAAAGUGGUAGCAAAAUGGAGUUCACAACCUCACAGAUGGAAAAGUUGGUAGAUUUGCUCAGACAACCUGAGCCUGAAGUUUUACAAGGAGAUGAUCUUCCUUCCACUAAAUAUGAUAUUUCUACGACGAGGGAAAACAAAAGCUCUUUAGACUUUCAAACGAAUACAACACCUAAAACGAUUGAAGAAUAUGAACAACAAGAGGCCGAAGAAGCUGAACAAAUGGGCAAGGUUGGCUUCGGCGCAGGAGAUAGGAAAACUCCGGCUUACACUAUGAAUUACCUACAGUCCGUCAGUGCGGAGGAUGUCUUUCUACAGAUGGGACCGAAAACGCCAUCAUCAGCUAGCUGUGAAAAUCUCGUCGUGAGAGUGAAGAUGCCUGGAGAUAAAAAGGAGAACGUGGACUUAUCCGUCGACAUCUCCAGCGUCACGAUUAACUCUUCUCGAUACCACCUGAGCCUUCCCUUGCCGCACGACAUCAACCCUGAUACGUCCAGAGCGACCUGGGACCCUGAGGAGGAAACAUUGGUUCUCACACUAAAACUGGAAAGAGAAUUUGACUUUAUUAAUUUUUAAACACAUUAACAGUCAAUAAAGUAUGAGAAGUGGGUAAA